UGCGUGUGUGUGUGUGUGUGUGUGUGUGGGCGCGCGCGCGCGCGACUGAGAUUGAGUGCGCACGGUUCCUAUGGAGUGUGAGUGAGACUCUGGUCUUGUUCAGAGUGAGACUGAGGGACAGAGGGAGACGUAAAAAUGGCUCCCAGCACUCUGCUGCACUUCUGCUUCUGCAUAAUGUACACCGCGCAAAGCUGUUGUGGAUUUAAUGUGGAUGUCCGCUUCCCGGUUAUAAAGGAAGGAAAAACCAAAGGCAGCUUUUUCGGAUUCUCCGUAGCGCAGCACAGACUGACGGAAAAGCCCAGGAAGUACCUACUCCUGGCAGGAGCACCCAAAGAGAAAGCCUUAUCACAGCUGAAAGUGAACGAGACCGGAGCUAUCUACUCAUGCCCCAUUACCACAGACCUGACAGACUGCACCAGAGUCGACCUCAUCACCUCAAUGGAUUCAUCUGAGAUGAUAGAAGGCAUGUGGCUUGGAGUGACUGUAGCCAGUCAAAGAGAGCAUCCUGGUGGACGAGUGUUGGCAUGUGGCCACCGCUAUGUGAAAAUAGUGCAGGGUGGAGGAGAGGAACAGCGGCGGAUGGUGGGCAAAUGCUUCGUCCGGGGUAACGACCUGAGCUUUGACCGCAAUGACUUAUGGCAGGACCACUCCUAUGAAGUGUGCAACCCCAACAAAGACAUGGAGAUGGAAGGCAUGUGUAACAUGGGCAUUUCCGCCGGCAUGACGGACAGCGACGUCUACAUCGGCUGCACGGGGAGUUUCGAAUGGCAGGGCAAUGUGCAUGUUACCUGGAGAGACACAACCCCAGACAACUCCUGGGAUUACAGUGAAAAAGACUUUGGUUCGCUAAAGAAGCGGAACAGCUACAUGGGCUACUCUGUGACAGAAGACAUGAAGUUGUUGAGCAGAAAAGAGUACACAGUGGUUACAGGGGCUCCCAGAGACGACUCCAGGGGUUCAGUGACGCUGGCGGUGAAAGGGCCGUCAAACCUCGAGCCUGCGCUUGUGAUCCCUGGAGAGCAAGUGGGCUCUUACUUUGGGAGCAGUAUAGCAGUGACAGAUCUCAACAAUGACGACUGGAAUGACCUGAUAGUGGGAGCGCCGUUCUACUUUGACCGCUACAAAGAGCAAGGUGGAGCAGUGUACAUUUUCAUGAACGAAAACGGAUCUUUCCAGAUCAAGCCUAGUGUUGUCCUGAACGGUGCCAAGGGUUCUGCGUUUGGAUUCUCUGUGGCAGCUAUAGGAGAUGUAAAUCAAGAUGGAUUCCAAGAUUUUGCAGUUGGAGCUCCGUUCCAUGAUUCUGGGAAAGUCUAUAUAUGGAUGGGGAACAAGGAGGGAAUAACAAAUGUUCCCAGUCAGGUUAUUGAAGGGAAGUCGUUGGGCUCUGGUGGAUUCCAGACAUUCGGUUAUUCCCUCAGUGGAGGCAUGGAUAUGGACGGCAACAAAUAUCCUGACAUCUUAGUCGGCUCUCUCGAUGACCGUAUAGCACUUCUGAGGGCACGUCCAGUUAUCCAUUUAUCCAGAAACUUCACAGUAGAGCCAAAGAUUGUGGAUCCCAGCCAGUGCAUGGACACUUGUAUAACUGCAAAGAUGUGUUUUACUUACACACUGAGCAACGGAAACCGCAACUUCAAGAAGGAUAUUACUGUAAAAUACACCGUAGAGGCGGACCGCAAUCGGCGGAGCCCAAGAGUGCAGUUCCUCAAUGGCAAAAGCACGUACACAGGCCUCCUGACCUUCUCCUCUCCAACCUGCCAGGAGCUCAAGCUUCAAGUAAAUGAGCAGAUAACAAAUAAACUGGAGCCGGUUGUGUUUCUCCUGAAUGUUUCUCUGAACGAGGCUGCAGUGGAGCCCCAACAGACUCUACAGGACCUUGAUGCAUUCCCUAUGCUCAGUGGCCAACAGCAGCUGACUGAGAAAACCGAGAUUAACUUCCAGAAGGAGUGUGGCUCUGAUAAUAAAUGCAGCAGUAAUCUGCAAGUGAAGGCGCAGUUUGCCAGUGAACAGCAAACCGUAUUCCCCAGCGUGGAUGAUAGACAGUCGAUGGAAUAUAACAACAGCGUCAAGAAGCUGGUGCUGUUAGUGGAGGUGAGCAACGUGCCUGAGAGCGGCAGAGAGGCUGAGGACGCACAUCAGGCCAUGCUCAACAUCACCGUUCCCCCUACACUCACCUACUCUGGCUUUCGUUCCAAGGAAAUUGAGUGUUAUGCUAACAAGACUGUGAUGUGUGAUCUUGGAAACCCAUUUAAGAGCAACAGAAAGAUUUCCUUUCCAAUCAUAUUUGAAACUUUUAUUACACUUUACACAGAGCAGAUAGCCGUGCAGCUCCAGCUGUCUACUCUGAGUGAACAGAGUGAUCUGUACCCUGUGCCAGUUGUCCUCAAUGUGGAGAACACAAUCCUCACCUCUUUCUCUAUAGAGAACUCAGAGGUGAACACGUAUUUUAGUGGUAAAGUUGUGGGUGAGUCUGCCAUGAACAGCACAAGUGACAUCGGCAGUCUAGUGGAGUACGUCUUCCAGGUGAGUGUGGUGGGAGAACCACUGGGAGUGUUGGGAACUCUGGUGGUGGAUUUUAAAUGGCCGAUUGAGGUGACAAACGGGAAAUGGCUGCUGUAUCUGACGGAGAUCCUAACCAACGGGACACCUGAGUCACACUGCGUUCCUCCUGGAAAAAUUGUUAAUCAUCUGAACUUAACACUGUCAAAGAAGAGUUCGAAUCGGCACAAGCGAGACUUGGACAACAGCCUGCCUCUCACUGAAGCAGCUGUAACCCUCCUCACUCCACGGAAAGAGACCUACCUGCUGGACUGUGCGGUGCAGACGGCUCGCUGCGUGACCUUCUCGUGCCCGCUGAGGAACAUGUCCACUGCAGCCUCGCUCACCGUCAGAGCCCGUGUGUGGAACAGCACCAUGCUGGAGGAUUUUGCCAACGCUUUUCGGGUGAUCGUGAAAGGGAACGCCACGCUGAGGCUGGAGACUGACAAACCCACCAUCAAGAUGAAAACUGAAAAUCGAGAGUUUGUGGUGAACAUUGAUCCUGUUCCAGGAGAAGAAACCCCAUAUAACGUUCCGUUAUGGAUAUAUAUCAUUGCAGGCAUAGCAGGAAUCCUCUUAUUAGGCAUCAUCAGCCUCAUCCUGUGGAAGUGUGGGUUCUUUAAAAGAGCUGUCUACUACAAGGUGAUGCCUAAGUACCACGGAGUGAAAAUACGCAAGGAGGAGAGGUACAAGUUGAACAGGGCUUUCCAGCCUGAGCACGAGCUCAACAAAAAACUCUGGGUCACCAACUGGACAGAAGUGCAAGAAUAUUACUACUGAACUUGGAAAGCAUCCGCUCAGCUGCUGCUGUAAAGGAAUGCAGUGGCUGGAGGUUUCCUUUACUAACUGAAACAGACUCUGGGGCUUUGGCUUUUUGGGCCAACAUUUACACAUGAUAAAGAAUUGAGUACUGGGUGAAGUGUGGUGUUGUUCUUGUCGUCGUUGUUGUUGUUGUUUGUUGUUGUUUGGUGCAAUAUUGUGUUGCAGAUCAACAAGUUUUCAUGACUGAAACCGUCCAGCAUUCUCUCAGACCCAGUCUGGGACGUGUAUCUUUAUUAUUUUUUUAUUGAUUUUUCCAAUACUGAAAGUAUUGCAGAACAUUUUCUCACGGAUAUCUUUUGUGUAUUAUAGUUGAUAUUAUAGAAUGAUGUUCAGUUUAUGGCUUUUUUUAAUAAUUGUGUCUUUAAAUGCACAAUACUACAAGAUGAUGCUCACACUUCAACUGACACUGUGAGAGACAUUUCUUUUUCAGAGCACUCUGACCUUAAACUAUGAAUGAUGAGAUUGCACAGAUUGCAAGUGUUACAGUUUUGUAGCUCGUAUGAAAUACAUUUCAUCUCUUUGUCUGCCCGACAGAUCUAGAAGACACAACGACACUGCCUGGUAACGAGGCACACAGUGAAUUAUAGCACAAGGAAGAGUACCACACAUCACUGAACUGAUAUUUAUUUUAUAUGUGCGUAUAUGACUAAUGAGAGUCAAUACACUGGAGAAUAUAAUGUUGCUUUUUACUGUUUUAUGUGCUUCUCUGUAAGCUUGUAAUGCACAGUAAGAUUAUCAUUCCACUACAAUCUGGUUUAAAGUAGAGUAGGUCAAAAAAGAUCUGAAACUUCACACGUUACUUGUCAUGACUUUCUUCUUGUGUCGUUCUGUGAAAGAAUGUCUAUCCAUCGUUUUAUGACGCUGUCAUUAGGUCCUGCUGUAGCACUAGAAAAGGUUUGGGUAAAUCAUUAGGUCCGAAUCAGGACUGAUAUAUUAUUAGUAUAUCCAGAAAUGAUGAUUCAGUAAUUCAUAUAAGAGUCAGAAAGUACAUGUGGUUCUUCUUUUAUACACUCCAGAUAUUAAAAUGUUUUGUACAUAAA